GAGGCGGGGCCAUAUCCCCCGGAAGUUCUACCCGGACCGCCGCGCUAUGGAUCGCGUGCUACGGCUCCUCGCGCGUUCGCGUUUCCUCUCGCGCGCUCCAGCUUCCGACCCCCGCCCUGGCCCCGGCCCGGCUGGCGCGGCACCCCUGCUGCUUCGGCCUCCGAACGUCGUUCGAAUGGCAAGCCAAAAUUCUUUUCGUAUAGAAUAUGAUACCUUUGGUGAACUCAAGGUCCCAAAUGAUAAGUAUUAUGGCGCCCAGACUGUGAGAUCAACAAUGAACUUUAAGAUUGGAGGGGUGACAGAACGCAUGCCAAUCCCAGUUAUUAAAGCAUUUGGCAUCUUGAAGCGAGCAGCUGCUGAAGUAAACCAGGAUUAUGGUCUUGAUCCAAAGAUUGCUAAUGCAAUAAUGAAGGCAGCAGAUGAGGUAGCUGAAGGUAAAUUAAAUGAUCAUUUUCCUCUCGUGGUAUGGCAGACUGGAUCAGGAACCCAGACAAAUAUGAAUGUAAAUGAAGUCAUUAGCAAUAGAGCAAUUGAAAUGCUAGGAGGUCAACUUGGCAGCAAGAAACCUGUGCAUCCCAAUGAUCAUGUUAAUAAAAGCCAGAGCUCAAAUGAUACUUUUCCCACAGCAAUGCAUAUUGCUGCUGCAGUAGAAGUUCAUGAAGUACUGCUACCAGGACUACAGAAGCUACAUGAUGCCCUUGAUGCAAAAUCCAAAGAAUUUGCCCAGAUCAUCAAAAUUGGGCGUACUCAUACACAGGAUGCUGUUCCACUUACUCUUGGGCAGGAAUUUAGUGGUUAUGUUCAACAAGUGAAAUAUGCAACAACAAGAAUAAAAGGUGCCAUGCCAAGAAUCUAUGAGCUCGCAGCUGGGGGCACUGCUGUCGGUACUGGUUUAAAUACUAGAAUUGGCUUUGCAGAAAAGGUUGCCGCAAAAGUGGCUGCACUCACAGGCUUGCCUUUCGUCACAGCUCCAAAUAAAUUUGAAGCUUUGGCUGCUCAUGAUGCUUUGGUUGAACUCAGUGGAGCCAUGAACACUGCCGCUUGCAGUCUGAUGAAGAUUGCAAAUGAUAUUCGUUUUCUGGGUUCUGGUCCUCGCUCAGGUCUGGGAGAACUGAUUUUGCCUGAAAAUGAACCAGGAAGCAGUAUCAUGCCAGGCAAGGUGAACCCCACCCAGUGUGAGGCACUGACCAUGGUUGCAGCCCAGGUCAUGGGCAAUCAUGUCGCCAUUACCAUUGGAGGCAGCAGUGGACAUUUUGAGUUGAAUGUUUUCAAGCCAUUGAUGAUUAAAAAUGUGUUGCACUCAGCCAGACUGUUGGGGGAUGCAUCAGUUUCCUUCACAGAAAACUGUGUGGUGGGAAUCCAGGCCAACACAGAAAGGAUCAACAAGCUAAUGAAUGAGUCUCUAAUGUUGGUGACAGCUCUUAAUCCUCAUAUAGGGUAUGACAAAGCAGCCAAGAUUGCUAAGACCGCACACAAAAAUGGAUCGACCUUAAAGGCAACUGCUAUUGAACUUGGCUAUCUCACAGCAGAGCAGUUUGAUGAGUGGGUAAAACCUAAGGACAUGCUGGGUCCAAAGUGAUUUAAAUAAAUUCAUAAUAAAAAUUAUUGUCAUAUAAAAUAAAAAGUGAAACAGACUCCUUAUAUUUCUUAAACAAAAAUGGAUAAAUGUGAAAGGAAACUGCUAUUGAAUUUGACUGUCUCUAGCAGAGCAGUUUGGUCAGUGUAUAAAACGCCAGGACAUGCUAGGUCCAAAAUGAAUUUUAAAAGUGUAAAAUAAAAUAAUUAAAUUGUAUAAAAUCAAAAGGAAAACAGACUUAUUUUUCUUUUAUGUUAAUUGACUCGUAUUAUAUAGUUGAAUCUGUGAGUUUUGUGUAUGGGUGUUUACCAUUUCAAAUGUUUUAUAAGAGCCAUAUCAGUUUUUAAAGAGUUGUAAUUUUUUGGGGUGGUUUUUGUUUUAAAAAAAUUCCCCUGUAGUAAAAAAGUACUUGUUAGCUCAUUCCCAAGUUAAGUCUUCAGACAUCUUUUAUUUUCCUGUGAUUUGAGAGCAUAAGCUGACCAAGCAUUUGCCCUCCUAAGUGGGGUUGUGAGUGUUUGUAUGUGUGUACGCGUCAUGCACACAUGCAUGCAUAUAUAUGGAAUAUAUAUAUGUACACAUAUAUAAGGAAAUAGGAUAGAUUAACAAAAUUAAAACAUAUAUAUCCUAUGUGCUAAUUACACAGACACACACACCUGAUCUUAUUUAAAUUAUCCUAGGAAGACUGGAAAGACUGAGUUAAGAAUUAUAGGACAUGGAUUAAAAAGGAUAAGGGGUGCAAGCAGGAAGCUUGGAAAGAAAGGGAGGGUGUCAUGGGAGUGAGUCUUGCGCAUCAUCUCUCUGUGCACCUCUCAGUGCCAGGAUUUUUCAGCAGGAGUUCAUUUGACACAACCUCAGGGAAUUUUGAAUUAGCAGUUCUAGGGAGAUCCAGGUUAAGUUGAUUUAAACCUGGAACUGAAGGCUUUGUUUAAAAUAGACCCAACCUCAAUUAUGUAGGGAGUUGGAACAAUUUGUUCUUUUUUCCCCUCCCACAUGUAUAAUAAAUAACAGGAUUAUGAAGAGAGUGAUUCCCACUGGCUAAAGCAUCUCAUCUGUAAGUAGUACUCUAUCAAGUGUGUUUAAAAAAAAAAAAAAAGGAAUACUUACUCCUGAUACUUAUUCUUGGAAAAUUAGGCUCAUUAACACCAACUCCACUGUGGUAUUUAGAAGAUAGCAUAUAUAGCAU